CCAAACAUUACGCCAAGGCACGCGCAAGUUAGCUAUUUUCACCAUUACCCACCACAUUGUAUACACAAAUUUCACCACGUAUAUUUCGUUCACCUUCGCUCAUAGCACAGAAACAUAUUGCUGCUCUCUCUCUCUCUCUCUCUUUUUUUCUCUCUUUGGGCCUUCUGCUUUUGCAAGUUUAUAUAUAAAUCUGACCCCGCUUUCUUUUUCUUUCUCUUUCAAUUCUUCCAAACAAAGAAAUUCCCACGAACAAUUGAAAAAAAAAGAAAAGAGUACGCCAAUCUCGUCACUAUCGUCAAUGAAAUAUACAAAGAUUUUAAGCUUUUAAGGAGGGAUUGAUUAAUUGCAGACAACAUGAUAAUCAAGCGCAAUCUCAAAUCCCAAAUGCCGAGUCUGAAACGGUGUAAACUCGGCAGCUCAGUAGGUGAAUACGAAGAUAACUCAGGUAGAGCUCGCAAGAAGCGAAAAAUCAAUGGCUAUUAUCCCCUGGCUCUCCUCGGGGAGGUUGCUGCCGGCACAAUUCCGUUCAAACUCCAUCAUAUUAUCACUUCUGCUGAGGCCGAUAAGGGUUUCUCAGCUUCAUGGUGCACCGAAGUCUCGUGCUCCCCUGAUGAAGUUGAGUCCAAAUCCAAUGGCUUAGAUUCGUCCAAGGCCAAGAACCGAACUGUGGAGAUUACUCGGCCACCACUUGUGAGGACCUCCAGAGGGCGAGUUCAGGUACUUCCUUCGCGGUUCAAUGAUUCUGUAAUUGAGAAUUGGAAGAAAGAAGGUAAAACUAGCUUGCCUGAUGAUAGUUUAGAUGAUGGUGAUGAUGACGACGAUUAUGAUUUUGAAUGUAAAAACGAUAAAUUUAGCUUUAAGAAACCUAAAGUUUGUAAGCAGAACAUGAAAAAUCGGCGAGCUGAAGAGAAGAAUGGUUAUAAAGGGAGAAAGUAUACUACAUUGUGUGAGGAAGAUGGAAGAGAAGCAGAGUAUGCUAGGACUUUUGAUAUUAGAAAGUACUCAAGUUCCCGGAGUACUUUAACUAAAGUACAUGAGCGAUUUGUCAAGGAGGAGAAGUAUGUCAAUGGGGUUGACACUUUUGAUUUAACAACAGGGAAGCAGGCUUCAUUGGAGAAUGGUGAGAGGAAAGAUGGGUUGUAUGGGCCGCAGGAUUUUUAUUCAGGGGAUAUAGUAUGGGCAAGACCAGGGAAGAGGGAGCCAUUUUGGCCAGCUAUUGUUAUUGACCCAAUGACGCAAGCGCCUGAGCUGGUUUUGAGGUCUUGUAUACCUGAGGCAGCUUGUGUGAUGUUCUUUGGACAUUCUGGGACUGAAAGCGAAGGGGAUUAUGGCUGGGUUAGGAGGGGCAUGAUUUUCCCAUUCAUAGACUUUCUGGACAGGUUCCAUGACCAGCCUGAAUUGCGUAGGUGCAAGCCUAGCGAUUUCCAGUUGGCAGUGGAAGAGGCUUUUCUGGCAGAACAGGGUUUUACAGAGAAGUUGAUACAUGAUAUAGACAUGGCAGCUGGAAAUACAAAUUAUGAAGAAUCUGUUUUUAGAUGGGUUCAGGGGGCUACUGGUCCAAACAGGGAUCAUGAUUAUCGCCUUUCUAAUCAGGGCUUCUUUGGGAAACAUACAGACUCAAGACUUUGUGAAGGCUGUGGCAUGAACCUCCCAUUUAAAAUGGGAAAGAAAAUGAAAGCAUCUGCUCCUGCAGGCCAAUUCUUGUGUAAAACAUGUGCUAGGUUAACUAAAUCAAAACACUAUUGUGGCAUUUGCAAGAAGGUUUGGAAUCAUUCAGACAGUGGAAGUUGGGUGCGGUGUGAUGGUUGUAAAGUUUGGGUGCAUGCAGAGUGCGGCAAAAUUUCCAGCCAUCAUUUUAAGGUUCUGGGGGCCACUGAUUAUUACUGCCCUCCUUGCAAAGUGAAAUUUAACUUUGAAUUAUCAGAUUCAGAGAAGUGGCAGCCAAAAACUAAAUCAAAAACUAACAACAGUCAACUAGUUUUGCCUAACAAGGUUACUGUUCUCUGCUGUGGUGUUGAAGGCAUAUAUUACCCAAGCCUCCACUCAGUUGUUUGCAAGUGUGGGUCCUGUGGGUUGGAGAAGCAAGCACUUAGCGAGUGGGAAAGACACACUGGUUCCCAGCAAAGAAAUUGGAGGAUUAGCGUGAAGGUGAAAGGUUCCUUGUUGCCAUUAGAACAAUGGAUGCUUCAACUAGCAGAGUACCAUGCAAAUGCUGCCACCUCUACCAAACCUCCUAAACGACCACCAAUACGAGAGAGAAAGCAGAAGCUGCUUGCUUUUUUGAAAGAAAAAUAUGAAGCAGUUCAUGUCAAGUGGACAACUGAACGCUGUGCUGUAUGUAGAUGGGUCGAAGAUUGGGACUACAACAAAAUUAUUAUCUGCAAUAGAUGUCAAAUUGCUGUGCAUCAAGAAUGCUAUGGAGCAAGAAACAUUCGGGAUUUCACUUCAUGGGUUUGUAAAGCUUGUGAAACACCUGAAGUUGCACGAGAAUGUUGCCUCUGUCCAGUCAAAGGAGGUGCUUUGAAGCCGACUGAUGUUGAGACAUUAUGGGUUCAUGUUACUUGUGCUUGGUUUCGACCUGAAGUAUCUUUUGCAAGUGAUGAAAAAAUGGAGCCUGCACUUGGAAUCUUGAGUAUUCCAUCAAAUUCCUUUGUGAAGAUUUGUGUUAUUUGCAAGCAAAUUCAUGGUUCUUGCACACAAUGCUGUAAGUGUUCAACGUAUUAUCAUGCCAUGUGUGCAUCAAGAGCUGGUUACCGGAUGGAGUUGCAUUGCUUGGAGAAAAAUGGCAGGCAAAUAACAAAAAUGGUGUCAUAUUGUGCUUAUCACCGCGCUCCAAAUCCUGACACAGUUUUAGUCAUACAGACCCCUCUAGGGGUCUUCUCUGCCAAGAGCCUUGUUCAGAAGAAGAAGAAGAACGGGUCAAGACUAAUUUCAUCAAACAGACUGAAAAUUGAAGAGGUUCCAACUGAGGAAACUAUUGAGAUUGAGCCAUUCUCUGCUGCUAGGUGUAGGAUGUUCAAAAGAUCAAACAAUAAUAGAAAGCGAACUGAAGAGGAAGCAGUUGCCCACCGAUUAAUGAGACCUUACCAUCAUCCGUUAAGAACUAUACAGAGUUUGAAUGCAUUCAGAACAGUAGAGGAGCCUAAAGGUUUUUCAUCUUUCAAAGAACGACUCCACCACUUACAGAGAACCGAACAUGAUCGAGUUUGCUUUGGUAGAUCUGGAAUACAUGGGUGGGGUCUCUUUGCCCGCAGAAACAUUCAAGAAGGAGAAAUGGUUCUUGAAUACCGUGGGGAACAAGUGAGGCGAAGUAUUGCCGAUCUAAGAGAAGCACACUACAGAAAAGAAGGAAAAGACUGCUAUCUGUUCAAGAUCAGUGAAGAAGUCGUGGUGGACGCCACUGACAAAGGGAACAUAGCGCGCUUAAUCAAUCAUUCGUGCAUGCCCAACUGUUAUGCAAGGAUAAUGAGUGUGGCGGAUGAUGAGAGUCGGAUUGUUCUUAUUGCCAAGACUAAUGUGUCUGCCGGGGAUGAGCUAACGUACGAUUACUUGUUUGAUCCUGAUGAGCCAGAGGAGUUUAAAGUUCCUUGUUUAUGUAAAGCUCCAAAUUGUAGACAAUUCAUGAAUUAGGAUACAUACACACAGAGCAUAGGCUAUUGUUUCUCCGCAAGGACGUUAACUAACCCCAAUUCCCCUAUGUAAAGGGGGGAUCUCAGAGUCGAAUUUAUACACCCUGAUUUGUACUUGUAUUUUUUUUUCCAGGGAAAGAAAAAGUAUCCUUCUUUCUUUUUCUUCUUCUCUUUUCACGUUUUUCUUUAGACAAAUUUGAUGGUUAAUAAAACUAUAGGAUUUCCCA